AUGGUGAACGUUUGGGCAUCAGCGCUCCUCGGCGCUUUCAUGUUGAGCGCCUACGCUCAAGCUCAACUUGGCGAAACAACACCACUUCUAUCGUAUGCCAAUGUUACGUCUGUCCUUGACACCAUCCUUGCUCGCGGAUACAUAAACGUCGGCACAACUGGGGACUACAAGCCUUUCACGUACCUCGUCACGAACCAAACGACCCUGCCGAACACUACAGCAAUCAACACAACCUACAUCGGCGCCGACAUCGAUGCCGCACAGUCCCUGUCCAACGCCCUUGGCCUGCCUAAGCCUCCCCGCCUCGUCGCGACGAAAUGGGCAAACAUCACGAGCGACUUGUCCGCCGGCAAAUUCGACAUUGCCAUGGGUGGCGUCAGCCUGACUCUUGCAAGAGCUAAAACUGCCUUAUUCUCCACAGCGAUCCAGAGAGUCGGCAAGACAGCCUGCAUCCGUUGCGCCGAUGCAGCCAAGUUCACCGACCUCGCAUCGCUCGAUCAGGCCGGCGUCAAGGUUGCCGUCAAUCCUGGCGGAACCAAUGAGGCGUUUGACAGGGCGAAUCUCAAGUCUGCAACAAUUGUCAUGGUGGAGGAUAACAACGCGGUUUACCAGGCUGUGCUAGACGGCACUGCUGAUGCCAUGAUUUCCGACCUGAUUGAAGUUGAGUUGCAGGUCAAGCUGCACGAGGGCGAGCUUUGCAUUGCCAACCCUGACGCACCAUUCAACUUCGAGGAGCUUGGAUAUGCGGUUCCGAGGGAUAUUGUAUGGAAGCAGUUCGUUGAUGCUUGGGUCCAUGUGCAGCUAGGAAGCGGUUCUUGGAACGGUACACUCGAGAAAUGGUUGAACUACAAGUGGCCUAGCGUUUAA